ACACAAAUGAGAAGGAGACAACCCUGACGGAGGAGCAUGUCAUCAUCAUCGCUUGUGUGUGUGGUGUCAUCAUCAUCACUCUGCUCAUCAUCUUGUUCUGCUUCAUCUUCAGACGGCGACGGAAUGCAGCCAAAGCUUACCAAGGAGGUAACCAGGGGGAUCCCCCGCCUUACACAGCCGUACCUCCAAACAAAAAGCCUCAAGUGUAUGACAACCAAGGUAUGGAGAGCACGGACAUUCAGCUGACAGUCUCUGGCAUGCGGCCUUCAGCGCCAUCUCCUUCAUUUAUGCAUGCACAGUCCAACGGUUUUACUAACAGUAGUUGUGA